ACGGAUUGGAGAAAUGAACAAAAGAAGGAAGGCCACAAUAGAGAUGAAGCGCUCAAAAAUACUCAAAGAAUUGGUAAACAUAAUAGAAAAGGAGAAGAUAGACACAAUGCAAAAGCGGGCACUUGUUUACGAAAUAGAAAUGUACAAGCAGAAGAAUAGCGAUAUGUACGAGAAAUACAGGGAGUUGAAAGGUGAGAACGAGCUGUUUUACAGUAUAAUCGUGUAUUUGAUGAAAAGCGGUGACUCUGAGUUCGUGAGCACCGUGUUUGUGGAUGACCAAGAUGCUUUUUAUAAGCGAAUGGUUGACUAUAUCGUGCGGUACAAGGCCCAAAAGAAUAAAAAGACUCAUUCUCACAGGAAGAACAUGGCUGGUACUGAGAAUGACGAAAACGAGUGUCAGGGAAAAUAUACCGAUCAGAUUAAGAAUAUCAUCGAGGGGAUGGAAGAUUCGGUUCUUUUGAAAUAUAAGGAGUACGUUGAGGAGAAGGACGAUAUAAUAUAUCAUCUCAAGAAGAAGGUGCUCGAUUUGAACUCCUUACUGGCUGAUCGCGAAGAAGGAAGUGCCGGAAAAAACGAAGAAGAGAUAGAGAAAAAUGUGAAUCUUGAAGAACUGAUGGAAGUGAUAGAAGUGAGCAAGACAAAAAAAAUAAGCGAGUUGUACAAGGAAAUAGAGGAGCUGAGAUGUAAAGCAGCAGAAAAUAGAAAGACGGUAUGUGAUGAAGGGGAAGCACUCGGAAGAAGAGUUAAGAACUUGGAAGAUGUGUUAAAACAAGUGGAGGAAAAGAACUGUGAACUGUUAAGGGAUGCACAAAAGAAUGCUAUUGACUUUAAAGAGACGCUUGAAAAGGUUGACAGAGAGAGGGACAGCUACGUGAAAGACUUGAGACACAAGUUAGAAAGUGCAAAUGAAAUGAAUGCAAUUUUAAAGGAAGAAAUUGGUGAUUUAGAGGCUGAGUUGGACACGUUGAAGAGUAAUACAGUAAUUGAUGAUAAGCGAUGUGAGGAGGAGCUAAAGCUACGCAAAGAGCUAAAUGCCUACAAGAAUUUGAAGGAUGUGGUAGAACUUGAAAAAAGGGAAAAUUAUAAAGAAAAGGAGAGACUGGCAGAGGACAGAGAGUCUUUUGAGCAUCUGAAGAAUAAACUGAACUACGAGACAAAGUGUCUGAAGAUAGAAUUGGAGGGAAGGAGCAAUGCGGCUUCUUACCACAAAAAAAAUUAUUUAAAGGCGAACACCGAGUUGCAGUAUUUGACGGAGAGAGUACAAAGCCUGGAGAAGGAUGAAAUUGUGCUGAGAGAAGAUCUCGCUAAUGCCCAAAAACAGCAAACGAAAUUGGAUUCAAAACUUACAAUGAUGAACGAUGAUAUUGCAAACUACAGAACAGUGUUUAAAGCCCUUGCGGGUACCUCAUCACCCGAGUUGAUUGAGAGCCUUGACAAGUACAGGAAGCUGCUACGAUGCUCGACGUGUGAUAAGAACUACAAAGACACGGUUAUUGUGAAGUGUAUGCAUGUGCUAUGCAGGGAGUGUGUUGAUGGUCGGCUGAAAAUGAGGAGUAGAAAAUGUCCGAUAUGUGGCGAAGGAUUCAGUGCAACGGAUGUCAAAAGGAUAUUUUUGUGAGUUGUGAGGCAAUAAACAUAGCUGAAGGGCCGUGCAGACGAGUAAGUGGCCAUAAACGAGAGUUUGCCAAAAAAUAAAAGAUUGCGCUAGGCAGUUCAAUUCCACGAUGUGUUAUUUAUCCUUUGUUUAGAACGUUAUAUUACAAGAAAUCGGUGGAUGGUUGUUAAGGUUGUUCUGAUCUACGGGACCUUUUCAUCAAUUUGCAGAGUCAUGAAAUAUGGAACGAUUCUUUUAUUAUGAUUUGGUUAAUCGGUGCUCACUAAGAAAGACGUGUAUAGGCAAUAUUUUCUUUUGUGUACAACACUGAGAGUGCAUCGUGGAAUUGGUGAGUAGCAAUUGAGUACCGCUCUAGCUGCAGGUCAUACAACCAAAACAUUAGCCGAUUUAAAUAAAGGUCAUU